AUGGACAAACCGGUCAUUAAAUCACAAAUUCCAUCUGCUGAGCCACUUGUCUUCAAUGAUGAUUAUCCCAUAAGCUUCCAGGCAAGCUCUUCCUGUGAUAACACUUCUAUUAUCAGGUCCAUAGAUAUCAAAACACACACUGAAUUCCCAGCUGUUCAGCGGUCAGUUUUACAAGAAAACUUCCAUAUACUCGUCAAUCUCAAAUCUAAUGUUACCGGUAUUGAUCAAGUUAAUAGUGAUAAAGCUUGUCGUCCACCAAUUGACCUCGUCACGGUUCUUGAUAUAAGUGCUAGCAUGACAGGUGAAAAAAAUUCAGUUGUUAAAGCAAGCCAUGGAGUUUGUGAUAGACAACCUUGGCCCUUCUGA